CCCUCUGUACAUAAUAUGACUCGUGAGAAUAAAUUCUUAGUUAACCUCACUAAUAUCACGAGGUUGAAUGGUAGUGUGGCAGACAUGACUACUAGCCUGAUGAUCAUCACAUAUGGGAUACAGAAUGAGACAAGCAUUAACUGUCUAGUGGCUAAAGGAGGCUCUGUGUUUCACUCGUCCUCAACACUAUAUUUUGCAGGUAUACCUAGUGCUAAGGCACCAUCAAUCAAACAUCAAGAGAGGGAGACAUAAUAUUUCACAGCAUUACUAGAGCUGGAAUUCCAGUCGCUUGAUAGUUUCAGGAAAGCAUCCUUUAUAUUGGGUAGUGAGCUGUGGGAGGAUAAAUUUGGUUCUUUGCUUCUCCUUGUUAAAGGUUUUAUUUCGGAUGUUUGGGAGCUAGGUUAUAUGGCGAUAAUCCCAGCGUACAACAGACCCAGUCUCAGAUUGCGUCUGGAGAGCUGCAGGAUGUCACUGGUGGAAGGGGUGAGUUGAGGUGUCUAGGAGGUGAGACAGACACCUCAUGUUCAUAUGGUGUA